GGCUGCAAGAAAACAAAUGGGGACGGAGAAUUACUCCUAAUUUCUUCUCCACCCCGGCCUGGUCUCCGUCCGCUCCUUCGUUCACACCUUCUUCCACUAGCUGGUCUCCGGUGGUGGUGGGGGACGGGACGACCGUCGUCCGUCGACUCCGAGUGAGCUCGCGGCCGCGGUUCUGGAUUCAUCGCGCGCGCGAGAGGAUCCCCCUCCCCGAGAUCUGCUGCGGUACGGUGAGAGCUGCCGAGUAGCCGAGGUGCUGGUGAGCUUCUCAAGAAAGUAAAAAUGGAGGAGGUGGAGGAGGCCAACAGGAUGGCCGUGGAGAGCUGCCACAGAGUGCUCGGCCUGCUCGCCCAGACCCAGGACCCGGCGCAGCUCAGGAGCAUAGCGCUGGGGACGGACGAAGCCUGUGCCAAGUUCAGGAAGGUGGUCUCCCUCCUCGGCAACGGCAACGGCAACGGCAACGAAGGAGGGGGAACCCACCAUCCUAGAGCCAAGCUGGUGAGCAGAAGGCAGACCCCGGGGUUCUUGAGCCAGAAGAGCUUCCUGGACAACAACACCCCGGUGGUGGUGCUGAACAGCGCGCACCCUUCGACCAGCUCGGCUCAGGUGUAUCCUAGCAGCAGAAACAGCAUUCUGGAUUCAUCACAGGCCGCGCACCCGAUCGGAGGGCCUCCCAAGCUGGUGCAGCCGUUGUCCGCGCACUUCCAGUUCGGCGACUCGUCGCGGUACAACCAGUUCCAGCAGCAGCAUCAGCACCAGCAGCAGAAGAUGCGGGCCGAGAUGUUCAAGAGAAGCAACAGUGGGAUCAACCUCAAGUUUGACAGCCCCAGUGGCACCGGGACGAUGUCGUCCGCGAGGUCCUUCAUGUCAUCUUUGAGCAUGGACGGCAGUGUGGCCAGCCUGGAUGCCAAGUCUUCCUCCUUCCAUCUGAUCGGUGGGCCUGCUAUGAGCGACCCGGUGAACGCGCAGCAGGCGCCGAGGAGGCGGUGCUCGGGACGUGGGGAGGAUGGAAAUGGCAAGUGUGCUGCAACUGGCAGGUGCCAUUGUUCUAAGAGAAGCAGGAAGUUGCGGGUGAAGAGGACGAUUAAAGUUCCCGCAAUUAGUAAUAAAAUUGCUGAUAUACCUCCAGACGAAUACUCCUGGAGGAAGUAUGGGCAGAAGCCAAUUAAGGGUUCCCCUCAUCCCAGGGGGUACUACAAAUGCAGCAGUGUGAGGGGUUGCCCUGCGCGGAAGCAUGUUGAACGUUGCGUGGAUGAUCCGUCGAUGCUCAUUGUGACAUACGAGGGUGAACAUAACCAUACGCGAAUGCCAACUCAGUCUGCGCAAGCUUAGGGAAUCCCUUGGUUAUUACUCUUUUCAGGAAAUGCCAACUCGCUGGCACUUGUUGGACAGACUGCGUUGUUCUCCUAAAUUAGGACUGCGAAGUGACGAAUAUGGGAUCCAUUUGAGCAGUUGAUGUGUCGGUUGGCCUCCUGACCUACAUGUUUUGUAGUGAGUGUCAAGUGGGAGGAUGCAAAAUUGUUGUUCUCCCUUAAGGAGGUAAUCAGAAUGAUGAAAUGUUAGAACAUGAUGUUAGAUAGGACACCUGAGAUUUGCUCAGGAGGGAGUGCGAAGAGUUGGAAGGGAAGAUAGAAAUUGGGGGAUGAUAUGUCUGUCUGUAAAGUAGCAAAAAUUGAUAAAAUCAUUGGGUCUCCCUCUUUUUGUACCAAGUGCACAAAAAGGCUGGUUUAAAAUCAAAAAUAAAUGAGACAGAACCAAUUUGUGGUUGGAUA